AUGGCUUCGUUUUACCUCUUGGCUUCCAUUCUUCUUCUUAUUAUGCUAGAGCUAUCGGGAACUGGAGCUCAACCGCCAGCCACUCCUCCUUUUAGUGACGAAUAUAGCAUCACAUGGGGACAAGACCAUGUUAAAUUCUUCGAUGAUAGACAGGUUCAACUCAGUUUGGAUAAUUCAUCCGGCUCAGGGUUUGCGUCUAGAAGCUAUUAUGGUUCUGGCUUCUUUGAUAUGGAUAUCAAACUUUCGAACAAUUCAGCAGGAGUGGUUACGGCUUAUUAUCUGACUUCCCACACAACUGCACACGACGAGUUGGAUUUCGAGCUCUUAGGCAAUGACGAAGGAACGUCGAUCAUCGUACAGACGAACGUCUUCGUCAAUGGCGUCGGGGGAAGGGAGCAGAAGAUGAGCCUGUGGUUCGAUCCAACGGAGGCUCUCCAUAACUACACCAUCCUGUGGAACUACAAACACAUCGUGUUUUACGUAGACGACACACCAAUCAGGAUCUUUAGCAACAAGUCACCCAUCGGAGGGUCCUACCCAACACAGGCCAUGCAGGUCACGGCGUCCAUUUGGGACGGCAGCUCGUGGGCGACGGACGGGGGCCGGAAGAAGGUGGACUGGAGACUUGCGCCUUUUAAGGCCACCUUCCAGGGCUUCUCCAUCGAUGGCUGCCAAUCAUGGGGCUGGAGCUCCAGCAACUGCUACAGUGACACUGACUGGUGGAGCCAGGAAAGCUUCAUCGAUCUCCCUGCCGAUCAGUUGGCCAAGUACAAGCAAGCCAGGAAGAAGCAUCUUGUGUACAAUUACUGUGAUGAUCGGGAAAGAUACCCUGUUCUUCCUCCUGAAUGUCCAGAGUGAUCCCGUCU